UUCAUUCGUGUACCGUGUGCCAUUCCGUCGUGUCGUUCGCUCUCGUUUGUCCGCCGCGAUUAAUCACUUGAUCGUUUGUUUUUUUUAUACGUAACGUGUUAUCACACCGCACACGUUUAUUUUAUUGUUACGUUUAAUUUUUAAUUUUUUUUUUAUAUACUGUAAUAUUAACACUUGAUUGUUUUUUUAUACCUGGUUUGAAAAAACAACAAUAAUAAUAAUACAUCACACGGUCCUCCUUAAAUCGUGUGCGGAAUAAGCGAUAAAGUCUCUAAGCGUGAACACUUGUGACAUAUUAACAAAAAUGGUAAAUAACUCGUCCAGCUGCAUGAUGUUGGACGAAGCGUUUUACGACGAUCCGCUCAUCAGCAAAGUCGAAAGCCACACCAAUGAAGUCAACUUCUUGAAAAGACCGAUGACGCUGGAUUUGAACUCUUGCAAUAAUGAGAACUCAGCCAAGAAACUGAAACUUCUGCCACCCAUGUUGACGUCGCCCGACUUACGCAUGCUCAAGUUUAAUUCUCCAGAGUUAGAACGAUUCUACUUAUCCCAACAGACCGCCCUUGGCCAUAUCAGCACACCCACACCAUCUCUAUUUCCGAAGUCUGUGACCGAAGAACAAGAAAUGUAUGUGCAACCGUUUGUCGAAGCUCUCAAAUGCCUACACCACAACAACGAUUCUAACAGUGCCACUCAAGUAGAAAUACCAAUGACCAGCAGUGGUAGUAAUUCUUCGGAAUACCAAUCAGAACCCCAGUACUCUGUAUUGAUGACUUCAAAUGACUUUUCCAAUAUUAUACCUCAACAUGUUAUCAAAGAAGAACCUCAAACUGUACCCAGUGUCACAUCUUCUUCACCACCUAUGUCACCAAUCAACAUGGAAUCCCAAGAAAAAAUCAAACUCGAAAGGAAAAGACAAAGAAAUCGAGUGGCUGCGUCCAAAUGUCGCAGAAGAAAAUUGGAGCGUAUUGCUAAGCUAGAGGAUAAAGUUAAAGUACUGAAAAAUGAAAAUACUGAACUUACCACAGUAUUGAACAGACUUUUGGAACAGAUAUGUCAAUUAAAACAAACGGUUGUUGAACACAUGCAUAACGGAUGUGAAUUUGCAGUCAACUGCCUGUGACCUUUAAUAAUGAACACAGUUCAAUUUAUU